AUGAACACCCAGCCCCGCCGUGUGUGCAUACCCUCCACCCACCUUAAUUUCCCAUCAGAAAAGGAAGAAAUAAAAAUCACUGAGAGGACCUACACGUACAACGAACUGGACGCACUCCGCAGUAAGGAGGAACCCACCACUUUCCCCUGCAUACCAACGGAACGCAUCGUAUUAAAUUCUUUCGACAAUCCUCCUCUGUACUACCAUCAGAUAGAUAGCGAGUUUUACGCAAAGGACAUUCUGUACGACGUGCCCCUCAUAAGUUACGCGCAGGGGCCCUUCUACGAAAAGAUGCCUGACUUAAGAGAUAAUCAAAAGUAUCAAUUGCCGACCAUCAGUUAUGUGUCCGAUCCGGUGUACCUCCGACGGAGGCAGAAGUGCGCCCUGUCUGACAUUACAAAAUCGGUUUGUUGCAACUCUUGCGAGUGUAAGUGCAAAGGGUCAAGACAAUUCUGCAGAUAUCCAGCACAGUGGCGGCCGCUCGAGUCUAGAGGGCCCGCGGUUCGAAGGUAA